AUGACCUCCACCGAGCCGGACUAUUUACGUCUGAUCCUAACCUCCAAAGUCUACGAGGUCAUAAAAGAGACCCCACUAGUCCACGCAAAGAAUCUGUCGACGAAGUUGGGCAAUGAGAUCUGGCUGAAACGGGAGGAUCUUCAUGAUGUAUUUUCGUUCAAGAUUCGCGGUGCCUACAACUUCAUGGCCAGUCUCCCAGAUGAUGAGCGCUGGAAGGGCGUUAUAACUUGUAGUGCUGGCAACCACGCCCAGGGUGUCGCUCUCUCUGGAGCCCGUCUCAAUAUUCCUUGUACCAUCGUCAUGCCUGUUGGGACUCCUUCGAUAAAAGUCAAAAAUGUCAUCCGUCUUGGCGCAAAAGUUGUUUCUCAUGGUGUUGAUUUCGACGAAGCCAAGGAGGAAUGUGCUCGGCUCGCAGCUGCCCAUGGCCUCACUUUUGUCCCCCCUUAUGACGAUCCUUUAGUUAUCGCUGGGCAAGGGACGAUUGGGAUGGAAAUCUUAAAGCAAAUGCCCAACGCUGAUUCCUUAGAUGGCGUGUUUGCCGCGGUUGGCGGUGGCGGCCUUGUCGCAGGCAUUGCUGAAUACGUCAAGCGCAUCGGAAAUCCAAAAACACAGGUCUGGGGUUGCGAGACAAUCGAUGCUGAUGCAAUGGCUCGAAGUCUCGAAAAGGGCGAACGCGUUACCCUCCCCGAAGUUGGUCCGUUUGCAGACGGCACUGCCGUCAAACUCGUGGGCGAAGAGCCAUUUCGGAUAUGUCAAAAGCUAUUGGAUGGCGUCGUAGAGGUCGAUAACGAUGAACUCUGCGCCGCAAUCAAGGACAUAUUCGAUGAAACACGGUCCAUAACGGAACCGUCUGGUGCCUUGUCACUAGCAGGGCUCAAGCAUCAUAUCAUACAAAGCAAUCUUAUUGGUGCAAACAAGAAGUUUGUAGCCGUUGUGAGCGGCGCAAACAUGAACUUUGACCGUCUACGUUUUGUGGCGGAGCGUGCAGAACUCGGAGAAGGCAGAGAAGCAUUACUGAGUGUUGACAUUCCUGAGCGACCAGGAACCUUUGUAGCAUUACACUCCGUCAUUCACCCUAGAUCUGUCACCGAAUUCAUCUACCGGUUCAACUCUAACAGCUCUCCCGAUAGAGCCCACGUUUUCAUGUCACUAAAACUAGAGACCAAUGAUCGUGCAACGGAGGUUGAGGCCUUACUAAAAGCACUGGCUGCAGAAGAUAUGGUCGGAUUCGACAUCAGCGACAACGAGAUGGCUAAAAGCCACGCUCGUUACAUGAUUGGGGGGUCACAAACAGUGUCGAAUGAACGUGUUCUCCGUUUCGAAUUUCCAGAGCGACCAGGGGCUCUCCGUAAAUUUCUUCUGGGACUGCGCCAAGAUUGGAACAUUUCCAUGUUCCACUAUAGGAAUCAUGGUGCCGAUUUAGGGAAAGUACUUGCGGGAGUGCAGGUCCCACCUGUAGACUCUGAGGCAUUUGAACGCUUUCUCGUCCAGUUGGGGUAUCCGUAUGUCGAGGAGACGGAUAACCCCAUUUAUAAGCGCUAUCUACGAGGCUCUUGA